UUUACAGAAUGUCUUUUCGUGUGAAAUAUGCAUUUAAGCAAGAUAGGUUAUAAGGAAACGAAGCAGACUUCGGUCCACCUUAAAAUGUUUUGUUUGUGAAAAACAUGGCGCUACGUGGUGCUGGCGAAACCGAGCGCCCCGCCCUCAACACGAUGUUCAGCCGUUCGCCCCCAACACUGACAGGAACAGGGCAGUCAAGAAACUUCGGGCUGUCAAAAACAGCAAACAUUGUUCUGGGGAGACGGUACCGAAGUCAAUGACUACGUUAGCCCUGUGUAGUAUUCCGUUUUAAGAGUUUAGCCACGAGCCGAGGUCGGUUCGCAUUUACAAAUCUUCUUGUGAAUACCCAAACAUGUCAGGAGAGACGAAAUUUGUGAGCCCCUUCCACAGACCCCACUGUUUAUCUGCAGCAGCACCGGCGGGGAAGGCGAAACUAACGCACCCUGGCAAAGCCAUUUUAGCUGGUGGGAUUGCUGGAGGGAUUGAAAUCUGCAUCACUUUCCCAACAGAGUAUGUGAAAACCCAGUUACAGUUAGAUGAGAAGGCAAACCCCCCACGCUACAAAGGCAUUGUUGAUUGUGUGAAGCAGACAGUCCAGGGCCAUGGGGUGAAAGGCUUGUACCGGGGCCUCAGCUCCCUGCUUUAUGGUUCCAUCCCCAAAGCAGCUGUGAGGUUUGGAGUGUUUGAGUUUCUCAGUAAUAAGAUGAGGGACGAAGCUGGAAAGCUGGACAGCACACGAGGGCUGAUCUGCGGCCUGGGCGCAGGUGUGGCUGAGGCUGUGGUGGUGGUGUGUCCUAUGGAGACAAUAAAGGUCAAAUUUAUCCACGAUCAGACCUCAGCCAACCCCAAGUAUCGAGGCUUUUUCCAUGGUGUAAGAGAAAUAGUCAGAACACAAGGCCUUAAGGGAACAUAUCAGGGAUUGACAGCAACAGUAUUGAAGCAAGGAUCAAACCAAGCUAUUCGUUUCUUUGUUAUGACCUCCUUGAGAAACUGGUACAAAGGUGACAACCCCAACAAGUCCAUAAACCCUCUGGUGACUGGAGUGUUUGGAGCCAUAGCUGGAGCUGCCAGUGUAUUCGGAAACACACCGCUUGAUGUGAUUAAGACUAGAAUGCAGGGUCUAGAGGCUCACAAAUAUAAGAACACCAUGGACUGUGCCAUCAAGAUUAUGAGACACGAAGGACCAGCAGCGUUCUACAAAGGGACCAUUCCGAGACUUGGUCGAGUCUGCAUGGAUGUGGCAAUCGUGUUUGUGAUCUAUGAGGAGGUGGUGAAGGUUCUUAAUAUGGUGUGGAAGACGGAUUAAAGCAGAGAGAGCACUGUGAUGCAGACAGAGCUUGGUGAACAUGGCCUGACCUUCACAGCAUCCCAGUGAUGUGCCGCAUGGGAACAUGCAGUCAGGAGGCCAAAUAUGUGCUUAAGGCAGUGCAUGUGCUCACAAGCGGCAAAGCCAAGUGGCUGCUAAUGUACUAAAGUAGCCCAUUAAAAUCAAGACAGAGAAAACAUUUCCCCAAAUAAUGUGAGGCACACAAAUACUUGAAAAUUAGCUAAUAGGAAAAUAAUUUGCUUUUUUAUUAAUGAGAAUCAUUAAUGGGAAGAGCAAAAGAAAGGCUUAACUCAUGUUUUAGCAUGAAAAACUUGGCUUUUUGGUGUCGUUUUAAGGUGUUACCCUUAGGAUUUUUUUUCUAAAAUUAUAUUACAUUUACUUAGUUGAUUUCUGUAUUAAAUGUGAUGACACUAAAACAUAUGAAACGUAUUGAAGUAUAACUAUAUUAGCAAGUUCAUCAUUGCUCAAAAGUGUGGCAAGUUACUACCAUUACAAAAAUAGCUUAUUACAGCUUAAAGAUGCUAGAAGCGCUAAUAAUGAAGUAAAGCUAAUGAGAACUAAUUAGCUUAAUUAGCCUUUUUCAAACCACAGCUUUGCAGAGUUUGGCAGUUUGCCUCAUUAAACACCUAAUUCAGCUCAUUAGCUAAUUAGCAAGACCUUCCUAAGUUGAAUUCAGAGUGUUUAAUAAGGGAAAAUGCUAAUCUCUGCAGAGCUGUGUGGCCCCAGCAGAAAUUCUGUUAGUAUUUUUUGCUAACUGGCCUCUAUUAGCUUUUAUUCAUCAUUAGCUAUGUGAGGAUUUUAAGUAUUGCUUAAAAGUGUAGCUACACUCAAAAAUGUAGUAAUUAAAGUAAGAUCAAGCACUUUCAAGCAGGUUAGGCAAAACCAAGGAAAUGUUUAAGUGGAGUUACACUGUUAGCUUUUUUUUUUUUUCUUCAGAUUAUGCUAGUGCGCUAAUUUGCCUCUUCAAGUGAUUACUUGCGUACUUGCUAAUUUUAAGAGCCUGAUUUUUGCCACAGUCUGUAGGACUUUGAUCCAAAAACGCACAAAACAUCUUGAAACAGCACCAAAGCCUUUAAUUCUCAGAAACACAGUCUCCUCAGUACCUCCAGUAAAUAUGUGCACUUUUAAAACCUUAAUGAACACGGUACUAAUUUAAGAGAAGUAAUGAAAUGCAACUAAGUGCCUAGACCAGUAUUUACUAGUGCUCAUGAUCAGCAUGUAGCGUUUGUCUGUAUGCCAUGAUUAUGUCCUCGUGCACUAAUAUGGCAUAAUCAAAGUAGUGCUAAUUUCUGAAAAUAAAGAAUAUGAUGUGUGUUAGACAACGCGUGUACCAUUGACAGUGACCAAAACACAACUUGGAGGACUUCUGGCUGCUUGAAUGAGCGCGGGAUAGCUUUUAACUCAUACUGGCUUCAUGAGAGAUACAAAAUAUUUAUUCAUGCUAAAGAGAUUACCAAAUCUGUCCAGAAUGUUUGGUUUGAGAAGUGGUUCAUGGAUCUGAAAUGGCCUUAAAUUAUAUGCUGCUUUUGAUUAUUGCUUUUCAGUGUCACUUUGUUUAUCUCUUCUCCUACCUCAAGAAAUCCCCAAAAUAUACACAAAAACUAAUGAGGGAGAAAGCAGAUGAUAUCUCUCAAUACAGGGCACAAUAGUGUCUCCCUGACAUUACUGACAUUUUACAUAGUACACUAGGUAUACAAAUAUCAUAACAGCUCAUUAGUAGGAAUUCCUGUACUUGCAUUUGAAGCUAUAAUGGGAAAAACAGUACAGUUUUACCUGACAAAUGUACAAAUGAUUUUGUUUUUGAUUUGAGUCAGGAUGCAGAAAUGUUAAUGUGUUCUACUUAAUGUUACGUCUAAUAUGGGAGAAUAACACAGUGCGUUCAGUGUUUGUUGAAAAGAAUAUUCGUGCCUAAUUAAUAUCUGCUUGUCUAUGCCUUGGAAAUUGUGUUAGCGUUAAGCUCUCGAUCAUGUUCAUUAUGUUUAAGAGCGCUCACUCUCUUCUUGCCAAAUAUAUUUAGUUCUCUAUGAUUGUCCUUGACCCAUCUGUAAAGCUUUGAAUAAAAUGAGUAUAUGGUCAUGUUGUGAAAGCACAGAAAAUAGUGAUUUCGAAGAGGAAACGGGAAACAAACUGGGUCACCUGUGAAUAUAGCAAUGGUUUUGUGUUUCCAUGUUUGUCACAUAUCUUGGUUUGGACAGUAUGACUUAUUUGACAGAAGUCUGGCAGUGAAUGUAAUGAAAUAUUCUUGAUGUAUUUGUGGCCCAUAGUAAAAUAAUGAGACUGCGUAUAUCUACACUUUUAAUUUGUAUUGCCAUAUUUGUUUUUAUUCAAUCAUACAAUGUGCCUUUACAUUAUGUUCUUAAUGUUCAAUAAAUCAUGGUGGCUGGACAUGAA